AUGAUUUGUUAUUUAUGUAAAUUUAAUGCUGAUAAUUGGAAAUCUUUAGUUUAUCAUUUUAAAAUUUUUCAUUUACUUAAAACUGAUAGUAAUUAUACAUGUUGUGAAGGGACUUGUACACAAUCUUUUCUAUGCUUAGCUUCAUUUAAACGACAUAUUCAAAACAAACAUUUCCCUGAAAACAUUCCAUCAAAUAAUCAACCACAAGACCAAUCAUAUUUCAAUUCUUCAUUACCACCACACAAUAUUGAAAACUUAAUUGAUGAUAAUGUUUUAACUGAUAAUGUAACUAAUAAUCCAUUUGAUUUUGAUCUAGUUAGUGAAUCUCUAUAUAAAUCUGCAAUAGAAUUUGUUGUAAACUUGCAUAAUAAUAAUAAUUUUACUAGAGCAGACAUUACUAAUAUUCAAACUGUAGGUAUAUUAAAUAAAAUAAUUAAACCAAUUGUAUCCAUGCUGAAGAAUGUAGUAGAUGAUGAAAUUAAAGAACCAAUUAAGGUUGCUAAAUUUCAUAGACUUGCUUCUGUUAUAGAAAAUCCUUUUUUAUAUUGUAACACUGAGUAUCGCUUAGUAAAUUGGCUUAUAAAGAAUGAACUGUUAUUUAAAAUAAAUCAAUUUACCAUUAAUAAUGAAAUUUUCCCUGUACACUACAAUGGUGAAUCUGUCUUUAAUGAAAAAAUCACUAAAGGUGUUCUCUUACCUUUACAAUUUCAGUUUAAAAAAUUCUUUGAAAAUGGCAUAUUGGAUUAUUAUGAAAAAAAUAAUAAACUAAAUGAUGGUAUUCGAUCCACACUAGUAGACAUACUCAUUGGAUGUGUACUGUCAAAAAAUAUACAAAUGUCUGUUAGCUUGGCAGAAUCUAUUGCCAAUCAAAUUGUGGCAAUGUUCAAAUCGGAAGUAAAAGAUAUAUAUUUUAUGAAAAUUGGAAAUAAUAAAAAUCCAAAAGGCAAAUUAUAUGCAAAAUAUUAUAACUGUUUAAGAAAUUUAAAAAAUAAUGGAUUAGUCCCUUCGACAAUUGUCAAAAACAAAUUGAAUAUUGACAACCACCAUAAAACCAACUGGACUGAGAGAGAAUUUGUUUCUGAAAAUGAAAUAGAUUCCAUAUUAGAUGUGCUUAAACAUGGUACAAGUACUUACCCAGAAUUAGAGGCCAACUGGAAAGCAGCAAUUAACUAUCAUAUAAAUAAUAUAAAAUCUUCUACAUCAACGACAGAUAUUUUAAAAAACUGGAAACAAUAUUUAAUUCCAUACGGCCAUAAACUAAUUGAUAUUGACUAUAAUGCUUUAUUCCCAAAUAGUCAUAAUAUUUAUCAAGAUUUUAAUGACAAAGCAGACAAAAUUUUCAAAUUAUUAGAUGAAAAAGUCAAAGAUAAUAGUUGUUGUAAAAUACUAGAAACUAUAGUAAAUAAUAAUGAUGCUAAUAUAAAUGAAAAUGUUAAAAAUGCUGCACGAUUUCAUUUGUUACACGCUAUGUUUGCGCCUACAUCAAAAAAAGUGACUAAAGAUAGCAACGGAAAGAAAAAUCUUAUAAAAUACUCCAUCAAAGAUUCCCAAGAUAGUUUUAUGGUGUUCAAAGAUUCUGUAGAAGCUCAGCAACAGCAUCUUGAAGAACUAAGAAACCACGGGACUCAUAUACAACCAUUUAUUGUGAUUGUUGGAACGAUGGAUGUUCAGAGAGAAAUAUUGGUUUACUUUGAUUCAGUUAUGUAUAAAGUGCAUUCGGUUCUAAGAUCAAUUGAAGUAUGCUAUAAGAUAUUCAAUUUGUUCAAUUUAGAAUAUCCAUCGCAAUCAGAAAUUGUAUGGUUAUUUAUUCAAAAAUAUUUCUUUGGUGUACAUUCCAAAUAUGAUAAACCUUUUCCUAAAUUAAUUCAAGUUUUAGCUGAACUAAAUCAAUAA